GAUUGAAAUUACCAUUACCUAAAAAUGGACUUUGAACAGCAGACUGUCUGAUGGGAUCUGGGAUUUCUAUUAGAGGUAAGACUGUAGUGACCAACAGUCAAACAUUCACCUCUUCCUUAAAUGGAAAAAUCUCAAAAGGAGAUUCAUCUCCAAAAAACAAGCACACAGCUUCUGACAAACUGGAAAUUCAAGGGAAUAAAUCAGCUUCUGAUACACAGAAAUUGGUGAUGGAAGACAUAGAAGAAGAAAUGAAUUUGUCCGACAUGAAAAAAGAAAAGGCUGAAGUUAAGGAAACUGGGGUGUCUAAGAUAUCAGCAUUUAGUGGGGAGAAAAAUCAAUCACAGCUUAAUGAUACCAACACCAUAAUACAGGAAGUGUCUGAUCCCCCCAAACCUCCAGAAAACCAGACAAAAGACAGCACCAUAACACAGGAAGUGUCUGAUCCCCCCAAACCUCGAGAAAAUCAGACAAAAGACAGCACCAUAACACAGGAAGUGUCUGAGCCCCCCAAACCUCCAGAAAACCAGACAAAAGACAGCAAUGAAAGCCAGAAAGAAGAGACUGAGGAAAAAAAUAAAAAGCUCACUGAGGAGGAGAUCCAGGCUAUCAAAACAAAGACAAUGAAGUCAAUUAAAACCAAUCUGGAGAUUCUUUCAGACCUUGAAGGACAUUUGAAUGAAAAAGGAACCUUCAACCAAGCUUUCAAAAGUGCAACAUUUCAGUUACAAAAAUGUCACUUUGCUUUGAGUAAGACUAGCUUAGAAAUUAAUGUUGCAUUCAAACAAGAACAAGGUGCAGUUUUUGUGGAGCUUGGGGGUGUGAAGACUGUUUGUGACGUGAUUGUUUACUGUGUAAGGAAGGGGUAUUAUACGGAGGACAGUAAGUUGAUUCAGGGGAUCUGGAUUCCCCUCGUUAACUCGGCCAUUGUGAUGAUUAACUUUACUGAUAUUAAUCCUAAUUUUGCACACUUACUGGUGGAACAUGGGGAAUUCUUGCCUCAGAUCUGCGAGGCUUUACAGAGACUAAGGGAAAGUCAUUUACAGGACAAUAUGUUGGAAAAAGAUGCUAAAAUUCUUACCUCUUACUUGUCAAUAAUCCACAACAUUGCCCAGGCAGAGAGCAGUAUCUCUGAGCUGCGGGAUCACGGCUUUGUGGAAGUGCUCCUACCGUACCUUAAAUCUACCAAGGAAAGAGUCCUCCUGUCCACACUGGCCACGCUGGCAGAUCUGGUGGAUGAAACAGAAGCGAAGUAUUUAGAGAGUCACGGAGAAUUCUUUACCUUCCUGUUGACAUGUUUGAAGUCAUCAAUGGAAGACAGACAUAGAAGAUGUAAAGGGUGGGCUGCCUGGGAGUUGGCAAGAACUAUAAGGAGAAUUGCCAGAAAUGAUGUUAACAAGAAGUCUUUGGUUGCCCAGGGUUCCCUGCCAGUACUGGUGUCGUUAGCUCAGUCCAAAUAUGAAAAUGAACAGAUAGAGGCUCUGGGUGCACUGUGGAUGUUGUCUUUUGACAAAGAAAACCAGGAUAUCAUGAUAAAGGAUGAUGCUGUCAUGAAAACUUUUAUUGACUUCCACACGUCCUCAACAAAGAAAAUCAAGAAUGCCUGUAGUGGGGCCCUUUGGAAUAUGAGAGAAAAGCUCAGCUCUGUAGACAAAUAUAAGGAACUAGGUAAUCAAUACAGGAGAGAUGAGAAGGAAGUGACAUCGGAGUCAGCUGGUUCUCACAGAGGUCAUGUGAUGAUCAGCUACCAAUGGGCCAAUCAGAAAAUAAUCAAGAAAAUUCGUGACAGCCUGCAGGAGAACGGGAUCAAAUGCUGGAUGGAUAUCGAUGAUAUGCAGGGUUCUACUCUUAAUGCCAUGGCUAAAGCCGUGGAAAGAGCUGAUAUUAUUUUGAUUUGUUACUCCAAAAAGUACUAUGACAGUCCAAACUGUAGAGCAGAGGCAGAGUAUGCUUUUCAGCUGAGGAAACCAAUAAUUCCACUUAAAAUGGAGAGAAACUACCAAGCUAGGGAGUGGUUGGGUUUUAUUAUUGGUUCUAAGCUGUUUUUUGAGUUCACAGACAAGUAUCCUUUUGAGAGUAAGAUUAGUGCCUUAGUAAAAGAAAUCCUUACCAGACAGAAAAGGGCUGUUCCUGAGAAGCCCAUCAUUCCUCAUACAGCUCAAGUCCAUACAGAGAAGACACCAGAGUCCUCUAGUGGCAAAGUGGUUAAGGUCCAGGCUUCAGAGGUGGUAAAAAGGUGGACGGAAAGUGAUGUUCUCAGAUGGAUCAACCACCACAAGCUUCCCAGCUCCAAGUUUUCUAAGCUGACUGGAACAGAGAUAGCCUUUCUUCAGGUUCUAAGGCAGGAGUCCCCAGAUUACUUCUAUAAAACUCUGAAUGAGAUGCUGAAGAUAAAGGAUUUAUCAACAUUGGCUCAGUUCACAUUUGCCUUGGACGAUACAGUAGUGUAAAAUCAUAGGAGAGUACUCAUCAGAGAGUAUUUAUACAGUAGGAGAUUAGUCAUACAAAUGUAGGAGAGUAUUUAUGGGAGAGUACUCAAAAGAAGAGUCAUCAG